GGGGGAGCGAGUCGGCGACGCACAGGAAGCGGUAGCGGGGAAGGCCCCUGGGAGUGGCGGAGACGUGUCUGUCUGUGAGGGGCCGCGAGCGCUUCCCCGGGCUCCGUCUGGGCAGGGAGGAAGGCUGCAGCUAGGUGCCUUCUCACGUACCCCUCGCGGGCGCAGCCGAGCAGCGUGGGGCGGCGGCGGCGGCGAAGGCCGGGGCUGGGAGCGUUGGCGGCCGGGGUCCCAGCCAUGGCCGAGUCUGUGGAGCGGCUGCAGCGGCGGGUACAGGAGCUGGAGAGGGAACUUGCCCAGGAGAGAAGUCUGCGGGUGCUUGGGGACGGCGACGGAGUGGCCGCCCGAGCCCGCAUCGAGAAGAUGAGCCCAGAAGUCGUGGAUUCCAAUCCCUACAGCCGCUUGAUGGCAUUGAAACGAAUGGGAAUUGUAAACGACUAUGAGAAAAUUCGUACUUUUGCUGUAGCAAUAGUAGGUGUCGGUGGAGUUGGUAGUGUGACUGCUGAAAUGCUGACAAGAUGUGGCAUUGGUAAGUUGCUACUCUUUGACUACGACAAGGUAGAACUGGCCAAUAUGAAUAGACUUUUCUUCCAACCUCAUCAAGCAGGAUUAAGUAAAGUUCAAGCAGCAGAACAUACAUUGAGGAACAUUAAUCCUGAUGUUUUUUUUGAAGUACACAACUACAAUAUAACCACUGUAGACAACUUUCAACAUUUCAUGGAUAGAAUAAGUAAUGGUGGGUUAGAAGAAGGAAAACCUGUUGAUCUAGUUCUCAGCUGUGUGGAUAAUUUUGAAGCUCGAAUGGCAAUAAACACAGCUUGUAAUGAACUUGGACAAACAUGGAUGGAAUCAGGGGUCAGUGAAAAUGCAGUUUCAGGGCAUAUACAGCUCAUAAUUCCUGGAGAAUCUGCUUGUUUUGCGUGUGCUCCACCCCUUGUAGUUGCUGCAAAUAUUGAUGAAAAGACUCUGAAACGAGAAGGUGUUUGUGCAGCCAGUCUUCCUACCACUAUGGGAGUGGUUGCUGGGAUCUUAGUACAAAAUGUGUUAAAGUUUCUGUUAAAUUUUGGCACUGUUAGUUUUUACCUUGGAUACAAUGCAAUGCAGGAUUUUUUUCCUACUAUGUCCAUGAAGCCAAAUCCUCAGUGUGAUGACAGAAACUGCAGGAAGCAGCAGGAAGAAUGUAAGAAAAAGGCAGCAGCACUGCCCAAACAGGAAGUUAUACAAGAAGAGGAGGAGAUAAUACAUGAAGAUAACGAGUGGGGUAUUGAGCUGGUGUCUGAGGUUUCAGAAGAGGAACUGAAAAAUUCUUCAGGUCCUGUUCCGAACUUACCUGAAGGAAUUACAGUGGCAUAUACAAUUCCAAAAAAGCAAGAAGAUUCUAUAGCUGAGGUAACAGUGGAAGAUUCUGCUGAAAGCUUGGAAGACCUCAUGGCCAAGAUGAAGAAUAUGUAGAUGAUGGGCAUAUAUUUUAUUUCUCAUGUUAAAGCCUAUUCUUUUGAAAUGAAAAAAAAAAUAGGGCAACACUAAUUGAUGUAGAACCUUAAUUGAAUUGUUGCACUUUUUGAAAAUACUGUGACUGUUGCUCUCCUCACCCCCAAUUAAAUCAUUAAGUCUUAAAAUGUAUGUUUCAUUCUAGUAAGGAAACUCCAGAGGACUUUUGUAGGCAGUUAUAUAUCUUACUGAAACACAGGCAUUGAAAUAUUUUGGCAUUUUGGAGAGGAGGAAAGGCCAGUGUGAUCCUAUGUUUUUUUUUUUCCCAGUAAUCCCUUGUGGUCUGUUGCAUGAGGACAUGGAUUAAGAAAUGGUACAUGAUGCUCAAAUAGAGGGAGAAGGAUGAGAGGUACAGCCUGCAGAGCUACCCUCUACUCAUGUAUUGAAUUGCUAUCUACAAGAAAGGCACCGCCCACUUUCACAAACUUGACCAACAAUGAAUUUUAAAUACUUAAUUUAUAAAAUAACAUCCUAUCAAAUGUUUCCAGAUGAAAUAUAAGUUGAACUGUAGUCAUUGGAAAGUUUGUAAACCUGUGAAUUAUAUAUUCAAAAUAAGACAAAGGCUACUAAAAGGAAGUUGUCUUC